UCCAUCCACCCAACAUCCCUGGAGGAGAGAUUCCAUACAGCACCACAAACUCACAAAGUUUCAGUCACAUUUGCACUUUCCCCGGGUCGAGUGGUCAAAGUUCCCACACAGAGAGCGACAUAAUUGAGUGGAUGCUGUUUUUUUCUCUUCUAUAAGAUUUGAGGAAGAAGUGAAGAUUCCCAUCUCUCACGUCUGUGGCGCAAUUUUGCACCACCUGAGGCUUCCUGUGUGGAGAUAUUCCGUAUACCCCGUGGGUGCCUCACCCCAGCGAAGGAACCCCGAAAAAAAAAUAGUCUGUGCACGGUGAAUGAAAAAUAGAGUGGGAGGUUUGUUUUGGGGGGUGGUGAUUGUGUGUGAAAAAGGGAGUGAAAAUGACUUUCUUUCCACCACCGUCUAGGGCAGUUUAUUUUUUCACAUUUGGGUACCAUCUGGCUGAAUUAAAACUGCCAAUGCUCAAUUGAAAAUAUUUCUCACAGUGAAAUUAAUAUAAAUUCCAUUUGUGAAGAAAUUUCUGCAACGAAAGCAAAAAUUGAAGUAAGAUGACGGUUGUGAAGGUACUGGAAAGUCGUUAUCGGCAGAAUUUUAUGAAACUCCUGCUAAUCUUCACGGUGGCUGUGGCACUACUCUUCUUCAUCUUCAAUGCGGAAACACUGAAAUCAUCGGGGCUCUACACAAAGCUCCUUCGCUUCACGGGUGACCCACUUGAUGAUGUUGAUCCCGAGAGUGAGGCAUACUUUGUGAAUACAGUUGGAUGCAAAAUGCCCAAAUUUCCCAUCUUUGACACCCACAUACGACGCUUCAUUGCGGAUCCAACGGUGAUUCACUGCUCCACGGGUAUUACGGCGUCCGAUGGGAAAUACAUUUGGAUCCGUUUGAAUGCUACGGAAUUGCAGGCACUGUACAACGUCACGGAUCCCACCCUACUCUCAUGCUACUACCAAGCAUUUGCACGGAAGAGCGACAUGUGGAUCAAGUUUCAGCACGAGGUGACGCCCAUCGUGUUCGGGGAGCGUCAUCGCGUGGCCCCCGGGGAGGAAUUUGUCAAAGUGACGUGCGACAACUUUGGCCUGGGCGAAAUUUACCAGGACUUUCACUACUUUGUACCCGACCGCAUGCCCCCCGGGGAUGUUGUCCCGGCGGCCAGUAGGCGGAAAGUUAACGUUGUGGUAAUUGGCAUCGACAGCGUCUCCAGGCUCAAUUUUCGGCGCCAACUGAAAAAGACCACGAGGGUCUUACUUGAGGAAUUGGGUGCCAUUGAGAUGGAAGGAUACAAUAAGGUGGGCGACAAUACAUAUCCGAAUCUCGUACCGGUGCUCUCUGGCCUGGAGGCAUCUGAAUUAGAAUCAAUUUGUAUGCCAGAUAAAAAUUCAACGUACGACAGUUGCCACUUUAUUUGGCGUGACUACUCACGUCGUGGCUACUUGACAGCCUUUGCUGAGGACAUUGGCUACCUGGGGUUGUUUAACUACUUCAAAAAGGGCUUCCGCAAUCAACCCACCGACUACUACACGCGCCCCCUCAUAACGGCCAUGGAACGUCAAAUUGCAUACAAAAAAGUCGGCAAUGUCUACCUGUGCUAUGGGAGUAAGACCCCAUUUGAGAUUCUCUUUGAUUACAUCCACAAAUUUGUUCAGAGUCUACAGGAGAGGCGAUUCUUUGGCUUCUUCUGGACAUCCUCAUUCACCCACGACUACCUCAAUAUGCCAAAACUCAUCGAUGGGAAAAUUGUGAGCUUCUUACGGCAACUCAAUCAUGAGGCUCUCCUCAAUGAUACCGUCCUUAUUCUCAUGAGUGACCACGGAUUACGAUGGGGGAGCUUCCGAAGUACCUACCAGGGUAUGAUGGAGGAGAGACAACCCUUCAUGUAUACAAUCUUCCCUAAAUGGUUCCAUGUGGACUUCCCCCGUGCAAUGCGGCACUUUCGACGAAAUACGCGUCGCUUAUCGUCGCAUUUUGAUCUGCACGAAAUGCUGCGAGAUUUGGCACGGCUGGAGCAACUCGAUGAUGAUGCCAUUGAUGCCAGAGCAGCGGAUUUGGCUGCAGCUGAUCCCCUUCCGCGUGGUAUUAGCCCCUUUCUUCCCAUACCCGCAACACGCACAUGCGAUGCAGCAGGUAUUUUGCCACACUGGUGCACGUGCCAUGAGAAACAGACUGUCCCAACAAUUGAUCAAGGAGUCCUACGUGUGGCACGCUUUGUACUGCGUGAGCUCAAUGAUCGUGUAGCAACGGUGCCCCAAUGUGCGCGACUUCAUCUCAAUACCAUCCUCGAGGCAACACGGGCCACCUUGAGUGCCGAUGCAACCUCAAAAGUGCCAACAACGGGACAAAUGUUCGAUCUCACGGUACGACUGCGAACGAAGCCGGGCAUGGGGGAGUUUGAGGCGACGGUACGCGUGAAAACGGAGGAGGACAUGGAACUCACAGGACCCAUAAGUCGAACGAAUCUCUAUGGGCGACAGAGUGCCUGUGUGGAUGAUCCGCAGCUCAAACUCUACUGCUACUGUGGCAGGCACUGAACUCUAAUAACAUCUACCUAAGUAGAGGAAUUGUCAGUUUUUUUGUACCAAAGACUUUUUAGCUUUUAAAUAAGAAAAGUAUGUAUGUAUGUAAUCUUUAAUCUCUCGAAAUGAGUAUUAAAUUAGCAAUUUUAUCAUCAAAAUGAGCAAUAAA